UUGGAUAUAAAGCUGAAAAAAUUUCGAAUCAGUGCAAUUUGAGUUGGAAUGUACUUCUAAUACAUUCCACCAAUGGAUCUAAAAUUUGCAAUUAUUUUGCUGGCCUGUGCCGUUGUGGCAGAAUCCGGUUUUUUUCGUGAUAUUUUUACAAAGGAUCCGGUAACAAAAGGUAAAGAUGAGGCAAAAUCUAAACUUGGUAAACUAUGGGACAUAAUACCAGGUAAAGAUAUAAUCACGAUUCCAAAAAUAGGCGAAUUUAAUGCAUUUUUUCCUAAAUUUGAGAUUGGUGGAAACCUAGGGUCCUACUUAGGAAAAAUCAGCGAAUCCUUGAAAGGAAUGACUGAAAAUGGCCUGGACGCGUCUAUGGUUGGGGACUUAAACAACUUAAUGAAAAAUGUCAACGUUCUAGGUAACAAAAUGCCGAAUAAGAUGAAACUCAUGAAAUCAAUUUUUGGCUCGAGUAAAAUGUCCAUUCAAAACAAAAUAGAAUUUGCAAAAAGAAUAUUUGGCCUAGGGGGCCAAGACAAAGAUGUUUCGAAUAUCGACCAAAUAGCAAAGGUCAUUUCAAGCUGGGACGAUAAAAAGAGUUUAAUUCCAGAUUUCAAGGAUUUAUCUAAAUGGAUUCCAGGUGUAGGGGGAAAAGGCAUCGAUAUACCAUUUGUAGGAGACUUCUCCAAAUUCAUUCCGAAUUUUGAUAUGAAAGGAAAUCUUGGAUUAUACUUAGAAAAAAUUGCAGAAUCGAUAAAAGGUUCAGGUGGGAAAGACUUGCCAUUUGUCGGAGAAAUCGGGACUCUUAUUUCUGGAAUCGGCGGGAAUGAAGGAAACAUGCCAAAUAAAUUAAAUAUUAUGAAAAAAAUAUUUAGUUUGGUAAACAUGGAUAUUCAAAUGAAGAUAAAGCUAGCCAAGUGGAUAUUUAGUUUAGGACAAAAAGGCAUGGAUUUGCCGAAUAUGGAUAUUAUGCACAAAUUUAUAUCUAACAUCGGCGGUAACGGGAACUCACUUGCAGAUUUCUCCAAGAUGACGGAGUGGAUAUCAGGCUUAGGAGGUAAUAUUGAUAUUCCAUUCAUUGGAGAUCUGACCAAUUUUAUCCCAAGCUUUGAUUUCAGUGGAAAUUUCGGUUCCUACCUUGGAAAAAUGACUGAUUCUUUCAAAAAUUUGGAUGGAAAAGGUAUAGACAUGUCUUUCGUUGGAGAUUUGAAGAACCUGAUGAAGAAAGUUAACGAAAUUGGGGACAGAAUGCCAAACAAACUCAAACUUCUAAAACUAAUUUUCGGAAAAUCUAAGAUUUCGAUUCAAAAUAAAAUUGAUCUAGCAAAAAGAGUCUCUAACUUAGGAGGAGAAGACAAAGAUAUAUCAAGUAUCGAAAAAAUAUCGAAGUUUAUUUCUACCUUUGAUGAUAAAAAGAGUUUGAUUCCAGAUUUCAAGGAUUUAUCUAAAUGGAUUCCAGGUACAGGCGAAAAGGGUAUCGACAUACCGUUUGUGGGAGAUUUCUCUAAAUACAUUCCAAAUUUUGACAUGAAAGGAAAUCUUGGAUCUUACUUAGAAAAAAUUUCAAAAUCGAUAAAAGAGUUAGGUGGAAAUGAUUUACCAUUCGUCGGAGAUAUCAAUAAUCUUAUAUCUGGAAUUGGUGAAAACGGAGGAAAUAUGCCAAAUAAAUUAAAUAUUAUGAAAAAAAUAUUUGGUCUGGUAAACAUGGAUAUUCAAAUGAAAAUAAAAUUAGCAAAGUGGAUACUUAGCUUAGGAAAAAAAGGCAUGGAUUUGCCAAAUAUGGAUAUUAUGCACAAAUUUAUAUCUAACAUCGGAGGAAAUGGAAACUCACUUGGGGAUUUCUCUAAGCUGUCCGAGUGGGUAUCAGGUUUAGGAGGAAAUAUCGAAAUGCCAUUCGUUGGUGACCUGACCAACUUCAUCCCGAGCUUUGAUUUCAGUGGAAAUCUUGGUUCCUAUCUCGGAAAAAUUACUGAUUCUUUCAAAAAUUUAGGUGGAAAAGGUACUGACAUUUCUUUUGAAGAAGAUUUAACCGACAUGAAGAAGAAAGUAAAUGAAAUGGGUGAUAAAAUGCCAAAUAAACUUAACCUUCUAAAAGAUAUCUUUGGAAAGUCUAAAAUAUCUAUUCAAAACAAAAUAGAUCUUGCAAAACGAAUCUCUAAUUUAGGAGGGGGAGACAAAGAUAUACCAAAUAUCGAAAAAAUAUCCAAGUUUAUUUCUACCUGGGAUGAUAAAAAGAGUUUAAUUCCAGAUUUCAAGGAUUUAUCUAAAUGGAUUCCAGGUAUAGGUGAAAAAGACAUCGGCAAACCAUUUGUGGGAGACUUCUCCAAAUACAUCCCGAAUUUUGACAUGAAGGGAAAUCUUGGAUCAUACUUGAAAAAAAUUCCAGAAUCAAUAAAAGAUUUAGGUGGAAAAAACUUACCAUUCGUCGGAGAAAUCAAUAAUCUUAUAUCUGGAAUCGAAGAAAAUGAUGGAAAUAUGCCAAAUAAGUUAAAUAUUAUGAAAAAAAUAUUUGGUCUGGUAGACAUGGAUAUUCAAAUGAAGAUAAAACUAGCCAAGUGGAUACUUAGUCUAGGACAAAAAGGCAUGGAUUUGCCAAAUAUGGAUAUUUUGCAAAAAUUUAUAUCUAACAUCGGAGGAAAUGAAAACUCACUAACGGAUUUCUCCAAGCUGACAGAGUGGGUAUCAGGUUUAGGAGGAAAUAUGGAAAUGCCAUUCGUUGGUGACCUGACCAAUUUCAUCCCGAGCUUUGAUAUCAGUGGAAAUCUUGGUUCCUACCUAGGAAAGAUUACUGAUUCUUUCAAAAAUUUAGGCGGAAAAGGAACUGACAUUUCUUUUGAAGGAGAUUUAACCGACAUGAAGAAGAAAGUAAAUGAAAUGGGAGAUAAAAUGCCAAAUAAACUUAACCUUCUAAAAGAUAUCUUCGGAAAGUCUAAAAUAUCUAUUCAAGACAAAAUAGAUCUUGCAAAACGAAUCUCUGAUUUAGGAGGGGAAGACAAAGAUAUACCAAACAUUGAAAAAAUAUCCAAGUUUAUUUCUACCUGGGACGAUAAAAAGAGUUUAAUUCCAGAUUUCAAGGAUUUAUCUAAAUGGAUUCCAGGAAUAGGUGAAAAAGACACCGGCAAACCAUUUGUGGGAGACUUUUCCAAAUACAUCCCAAAUUUUGACAUGAAGGGAAAACUUGGAUCUUACUUGGAAAAAAUUUCAGAAUCAAUAAAAGGUUCAGGAGGGAAAAACUUGCCAUUUGUUGGAGAAAUCGGUAAUCUUAUCUCAGGAAUGGAUGGAAAUGAAGAAAACAUGCCAAAUAAAUUAAAUAUUAUGAAAAAAAUAUUUGGUCUGGUAGACAUGGAUAUUCAAAUGAAGAUAAAACUAGCCAAGUGGAUACUUAGUUUAGGACAAAAAGGCAUGGAUUUGCCAAAUAUGGAUAUUUUGCAAAAAUUUAUAUCUAACAUCGGAGGAAAUGGAAACUCACUAACGGAUUUCUCCAAGCUGACAGAGUGGAUAUCAGGUUUAGGAGGAAAUAUCGAAAUGCCAUUCGUUGGUGACCUGACCAAUUUUAUUCCUAGCUUUGAUUUCAAUGGGAAUCUUGGUUCCUACCUCAGAAAAAUUACUGAUUCAUUCAAAAAUUUGGGUGGAAAAGGUAUUGACAUGUCUUUUGUUGGAGAUUUAACCAAUUUGAUGAACAAAGUUAAUGGACUCGGAGAUAAAAUGCCAAACAAACUUAACCUCUUGAAAAAAAUCUUCGGAAAAUCCAAAAUGUCUAUUCAAAAUAAAAUGGAUUUUGCAAAAAGAAUUUUAGGCUUAGGAGGUGAAGACACUGAUAUAUCAAAUAUCGAGAAUAUUUCAAAAUAUAUUUCAGACUGGAGCGAUAAAAGUAGUCUAAUUCCAAGUUUUAAAGACUUGUCUAAUUUGAUUUUCCCCAAAAAUAAUAAGGAUAAAGGAACCAAUAAAACACUUGUAGACUACUCGAAAUACGUCACUAGCUUUGAUAAGAACGGAGAUAUUUUGUCAUACCUUAGAAAAAUUUCCGAAUCAAUUAAAGGCAAAGAUGCAUCAUUUGAUGAAGAGCUAGGACAUUUAAUUUCUGGAAUUGAUGGAAAUGAAAACGUCAUUCCAAACAAAUUAAAAAUUGUUAAGGAAAUUUUUGAAAAAGUGAGCAUGCCGAUUCAAGAGAAAACGAAACUGUCAAAUUGGGUUCUUACAUUAGGUGGUAGAGGAAGCGAUUUAUCAAACGUAGAUCUUCUGGAGAAUUUUGUAUCAAACAUCGACGGAGACGGAAGCUCGAUGGAAGAUUUCUCAAAAUUUACCGACUGGAUAUCGUCCUUAGGAGGCAAUACCGAAAUGCCAUUCAUCGGAGAGCUGUCUAAUUUCCUUCCCAGGCACGAUUUGAACGAGAAUCUCGGAACCUAUUUUAGAAAAAUCACCGAUUCUUUGAAAGACUUGGGUGGAGAUAGCAAGGAUGGAUUCGUCAAAGACUUAAACAAAAUGGUUAUUGACUUGGAGCAAAACGAGUCUGAAGUGCCAAAUAAAGUCGCUAUGGUGAAGGACAUAUUUCAGAAACCGAGUAUUUGCAUGAACAAAAAAUCAAAGAUAUCCAAAUUUUUGCUGGAAUUGGGUGGAAAGGACAAAGAUAUUGCCGAUUUCGAUUACGUAGAUGAUUUUGUUGAGAGCCUUCAGAACAUUAAAGACAUGUUUAAAAAAAUUACUGGAGACGAGUCCUAUCAACCAUCCUGCAGUGACUUUUGCAGUGCAAUAAGCGCUCUCGACAGUGAGCAUUUCCCGAGUGAUAUUUUAAAAGAUGUUAUUACUCCAUUAGAUGAUAAAACUAAGUAUUACCAGUUUUCCAACAGAUUGAUUUUGGAUGAUCUUGGAACAUCUGAAAAGAGUUUAUGCAAUUCUGUAUCUAUCGGUAGACAACUUCUUUCUGCUUAUAAGGAUUAUCAAAAUGACUGUAAAGUUCAUUGUACUUAUCAAAAUGAAGUAGAAGUUUUAAAUUCUAGAAAUGGUCUGCCAUGUUUUCAAGUUGGAGCUUAUGAUCUUGGGAUUUGUCACAAUGGUAGAUGUGUUGUUGAAGGUGUCGCAUAAAAGAAACAUCCAUUUGAAAUAAUCACAUA